CACUCUCAAUUCAGUACGCCUUCGCGCCCAGGACUUUUGCUGGGACUUUUGGGCGCAAUCGACUCGGGCUCGCGUAUGAACAAUGAACAUUACAGAUACUAACCUCAAAUGGCGGAUAAGCGAGAGGCGUUGCAGAAGGGACGGUCGGAGGCACCCGGAUGGCCCCUGGGCAGAACGCUGGCUCGAGCUGGGAGCUCUUUGAAAUAUAGCUUGGUCCGAUGUCAAUGAAAGUGCGCAGCUCCGCUUCGCCGUGGCUCAGCUUCACGGCCAGCCUGUCCCGCGAUUUUGGCGUGGCCGUAAUGCCUGCGCAGGCCUACCCCCACGGCCUACCCCCCGCAGCGCCUCUCCCCGCCGCCUCGACUUUCCGCUUCUCCAGAGCUCCAGGCACUUCCCAAUGCGAUGCAAUUUGGCACCAGGGCAAUGCUUGAAAUCGAAGACGGUUUUACCUGCCCCUCAGGCCUGCGGCGUCUACCAAGCGUAGAUGACCCCUCCCACAGCAGCUACGAAGGUGGCUCUCCCUCUCAGACGUGUACGAUACGGUACGGUCAAAUC